UGUGUGUGUGUGUGUGUGUGUGUGUGUGUGUGUGUGUGUGUGUGUGUGUGUACUAGCGAGAGAGAGCACAGGAUGGCCCUCCUCAUCAGGUUAGAUUAAUUUACACCGCGUUGAAAUUUGCUAAACACAUCAAAUUAAUAGGGGAGCUCUAGCUGAGAAUUGUUUCUUGGUAUUGACUUUUAUGACGUGAACAUCCUGCGGGUUGUCGGACAAGGAAGAUGUCAGAUCCCACGGUGGCUGAUACUCGCCGGUUAAAUUCAAAACCUCAGGACCUGACGGACGCUUAUGGUCCCCCCAGCAAUUUUCUUGAAAUUGACGUUUAUGACCCACAAACUGUUGGAGUCGGGCGGAACCGUUUCACAACGUACGAAGUCCGUAUGCGGACAAACCUGCCGAUUUUUAAGUUGAAGGAUUCUAUUGUGCGAAGAAGAUACAGUGACUUUGAGUGGCUGAAGAAUGAGUUGGAGCGAGACAGUAAGAUUGUAGUGCCUCCCUUGCCUGGGAAGGCACUGAAGAGACAGCUACCUUUCCGUGGGGAUGAAGGCAUUUUUGAAGAGGCUUUCAUUGAAGAGCGACGUGUGGGUCUUGAGCAGUUCAUCAACAGAAUUGCAGGUCACCCUCUGGCCCAAAACGAGCGCUGUCUUCACAUGUUUUUGCAGGACGAGAGCAUCGACCGCAACUACAUUCCCGGAAAGGUAUGAAUGAAUAAUGGGAAGACUGAUCAUAUGUGACACAAUUGUUUGGAAUCCAGAUCCAGUGAUCCAGAGGCAAGAUGUGCCUAACACAGACCAGGACCUGUCUGUUUUAUCACCUCAUCCCGAUAAAGCAUACAGCACCCUAUCCCUGUCGUGGCCGCAACCACCUUUGACAGCUGCCUCUGUCUCUCUAAUGCCUUGUACUGUAUAUAAAAGUAUAUUCUGCUAGUUGCCCCAGCAACAAUGGUGCAUGGCCCUCUGCAGCCCUGUAAUGGGGGGGUGUAGUCCAAGAACACUAAAUGGGGGGUGUGACAGGGAAGUUAGUGCAUUGUUGCAGAUUGAUAUAUAUAUCAGAGAAAUAGAGUAUGUUAUCCUAUCUAAGUAUUCAAUCAUAAUGUCUCUGUCCCUUCAUACCCACAGUAACCUACAUUGAUCCUCCAAUUGUAUGUUUCCCAUCUCUGGAUGUCAGUAAAUGAUGAUACCUUCCAAAGUUAUGCAAAAUGCAGCAUAAUUGAAAACUUUUUUUAAAUGGGAGAUUUGCUUCCCAUAGUCUUCCUGUAACAUGACAUUCCAUGUUUCUUUGCAUUUCAACAUGCUCUUACAGUGUGAUUUGGUAUUAUGAUUUUUUUUCUGUAACUUUGUUUGCCUUGAGUUGUUCUGCAUAAGUCUUUGCGUUGUCUUCAGUCUGCUUAUGGAAAUGUAAUGUCAGGUAAUCAAACCACUGUGAAAACAAGGGGUUGACAAAUAAUCCACUCAUUUUUAUUGAUAAAGCUUUCGGCAUCAAGUUUAUUGACCUAAAGCAUUCUUAGUUAUCCAUUUUGUCUUAUGUAUUUUACCUCUUCAUUAUUAUGUACACUUAAUCAUGCAAAUUUCAGUUUUCAGAAAAACUGCCUUGUUUGUACUAUCAAUAAAAUUAUCUGCCUGCUGUGCAAUGUCCAGUAGCCUUUUAAA